GCCAAGAGCUCGAGAUGCCCCUCCGCGGAAGGACCUCUGCCGAGGAGGCUCCGCUGCUCAUGCUGCUGGUGGUAGCACCCCGGCUCCGCCAGUGUCGGGGCUUGGGACUUUCCGGCCCAGUGCUGCAGCGUGCAGCGAGGAACUCAAGCGCUCCUUCGCCGCAUGGGCGUCGGAGGAAUCCGGACUUUCGGCUGAGGCACUUUCCACGCUACUGCGACUUCUUUGUCCCCGCGGAUCAGAGGCAGAGCAACAAACAGUGGUUGCAGAAACUAUGGCGGCAACCGCGGGCCCUCUGCGCAAAGUGGUGUCAGCCGACGAGUUCGUGGAGAAGCUGCUGCUCUUCGGGUCCGAGGCCGACCGUAGGGCUGAGGCUGCAGAACGAUGA